UUCCCGACCAAUCCACUCAGCCGUUGCUUGCCCUCCCAAUCUAGUCGUCUCCGCAGUCGUUGCCGUCUGUCGCCAUGAAGUUCAACCCGAGGGUUUCGAGUUCCCGAAGGAAGUGCCGGAAGGCCCAUUUCACGGCCCCGUCCAGCGUCCGGCGGGUGCUCAUGAGCGCGCCGCUCUCUACCGAUCUAAGGAACAAGUACAGCGUGCGGUCCGUCCCGGUGCGCAAGGACGACGAGGUGCAAGUGGUGCGCGGCACCUACAAGGGCCGCGAGGGCAAGGUCGUGCAGGUCUACCGCCGGAAGUGGGUCAUCCACGUCGAGCGCAUCACCCGCGAGAAGGUGAACGGGUCUACCGUCAACGUCGGCAUCAACCCCUCCAAGGUGCUCAUCACCAAGCUCAAACUCGACAAGGACCGCAAGGCCCUUCUCGAUCGCAAAGCUCGAGGCCGCGCGGCUGACAAGUCCAAGGGCAAGUUCACGGCAGACGAGGUUGCUGCCGGCGGUGCUCCUUCUCUCCAGGAGAUCGACUGAUCUCGCCCAUCUUGAUCGGUCUUCCCCCUCUUGCAUAUCUACAUUUUUCUGCUGCAUUUUCUUUCGAUGUAUUGAUAUCUAGGAUGAUUUUUGGAUUUGAGAUUCUAUGAAGCUCUAAACUUAUCUUGUUUAAGCUAGCGCCUUUGCUACGUUCUUCCUAAGAUUUUGUUUGAUUCUAGAUAUGUUAAUUUGUGCGAUUCUUCUCUUUCAUAUCUAUUGCACUUAUCUUGAAUUUUCUAGGGUAAGUAAUUUCCUAGAAAUGUUUCUUCUUACCUAGCUUUGCUCUCUUCUUGAACUUGAAGCUUACUACUAGCUGUUAGGAUGAACUUACCGAAUAGCUCCAGGACAAUUUAUCAAAUUGAUUGGUUGCUAAGGCUAGAAGUUAUUGACAUUGCUGUGGAUUCUGUUAAUUACUUAGUUUCUGCUACGACCAGCAUCUUCUUGCCAUGAUAUUUGGUUGGCGCUCUAACUUUUAAUUGAUCAUGGUGAAUCAUUUAGAAGACUGUAUUUUCCCCUAAGUUUUGAACAUUGUAGGAAGUUGCAUCUUUGUUGAUGGUAUGGUAUCACACCACUUAGAGAAGUAGAUAUUUAAAAUCCUUAAGUGAAGUUAGUAAACUCAUCUUGCCUCUAAAACCUUAUAAUUAGCUCAGAUUCUCCAUUGUUGGCUAUGUUGUAGUUUGAUGGAAUUCAGAAUUGGAGGAAGAAGAGGGGUGAUCUGUCUUCUGAAUCGCUAGACUUCAAGGAAAGCCAAGAAGAGAGACCUGAAAGUGCGAGAAAGUCUCCGAUCAACGAUACUUGCUAGGCCGCUAGAA